ACCAAACCAUAAGCCAACUUCACCGCCUACCAGUAUCCCGUGAAUCUACGCACCAAAACUCCCACCAGACCGACCUCGACACACUCAUUUUCUACACUUAGGAGCACCGGGAGCCACGCGUUCGCUCCACACAUACACAGUCAUGCUCGCCCAACUUGCAGGUCUCACCAUGAUAAUCAUCGCCACCGUCGUCUUCCUGUACUACACGAUCUGGACUCUGUUCAUGCCGUUCGUGGACGAGAACAUCGAGCUGCACAACUUCUUCCCGCCGCGCGUAUGGGCGAUCCGAAUCCCGAUGAUCAUCAUCCUCGUCGGAAUCGCGGUCGUGGGGAGCUUCCUCAGCAUGGUCAUGAUCAAGAGUGCGCAGAAGAAGAGGGCUAAGCAGGCACUUGCUGCGGGCAAGAAGAAGGCUUGAUUUUGUGCAUAGGGGUGACAAGAGGGGAGCGGUGGGGUGAGAGGAAGCUGUGCGGGGAGAUACUGUACUUAAUAUGAUACUCGUUGUUGGACGGAUACGUGGAGAGGGUGGACUUCUGGCGUAUUUCCGUGGGCCUCCUAACUAGCGAAUACUAGCCUUCUUGCGGAUCAACGCGAAUUCGAUGUUCUAUGUUUCCUCGUAAUACCAAUUCAGGCCGCUCGAAUCCCUC